AUGAUUAGGCCUACAAUUAUUCUUAGUGUUGGAUAUGCCAAUCAUCUUCCAUUGUACGUUGAAGCAAUCGUCAAAGCGGGUGGUACUCCCAUCGUCAUCUAUCCCGGCUUGCCCAAAAGCAAAAUCCCCACCCAGGUGGACGGAGUCAUCCUAGCGGGAGGAGAGUCUGUUCAUCCUAGUCGGUAUGGCGAAGAGUAUAAGCCUAAUGUGCCAAUUAGUAUGGAUCUGGUCAGAGAUGACCUCGAAUGGGCCAUUGUUGACUUUGCCAUGAAACGUCAUCUUCCUAUCUUGGGCAUUUGCCGUGGAUGCCAGCUACUUAAUGUCUACUUUGGUGGCUCGUUGCAUCAGCAAGUCUCACAUGCGGGCUACAAUGAUGUUCAUCGCCCUGAGAAAGGCAAGGAUUAUUUGGCCCAUAAGGUUGUUGCCCACUCCGGUCACCUCCUUUCUAUUUUAGGACCUAAGCCAGUUUUCGUAAACAGCAUUCAUGAUCAAGGUAUUCAUACGGUUGGAAUGGGUCUCAAACCAACUGUAUUUGCGGAAGACGGUCUUUGUGAAGGCCUUGAAUCAGUUGACGGUAAUGUCCUUGGCAUCCAAUGGCAUCCUGAAGCUAUUCUCGAAAAACAGCCUCAUGCUCCUUCAGUAUUUCGCUAUGUUGUCGAAGUCGCUAAAUCUAAGAUGAUCCAAAAAUCUACUAUAUCCAAUGUUUUGCCGCUCUGCUCCCCUGCUGUUCCUCAACCCAGUGCCAUUCGUACUGGUCCUUAG